CUGACGGGGACAGAGGAUAAGCCUUCAGUCGUUUUGGAACGUGCCCUUUGCUUUUUGCUCUUCUUGCAUUAGUGUUACAUAAAAUGUGGACUCUAGAAAUUUGAUUUGUCAUUAGGAAACUGAAUUACAGAUUAAGAUUCAGAUAUCAUCAUUAGCAGCAGGGAGAAGUUUCAGAGAAAAGACCCCAAAAAGCUACGAACAGAAGUGAAGAGAGCUCAGAAAUGAGGGUUCCUUUAAAGCUCUUCAGUUUUUCUCUUGGGAUUUUAUUUUUCACCUUUGCACAAGGUCAAGAAAUAACUUGUGAACUUAAGGAAACCAAAUUUGGAAUAGAAAAAAUCGUGCCAGAGGCAAAGACAUUUUUCAAAGUUGGAGAAACUGUGCACAUUACCUGCUCUGAAAGAUACAGGAUCUUUUUUACAAAAGAAACCAUCAAAUCAUUUAAAUGCCUAGAUGAUGGGCGAUGGGAUCACACGCCUGUUUGUGAGGAGAUUACAUGUGAAGUGCCACGUGACCGUCGGCUUUCUUAUGCGUCUUAUUAUUUCUAUGGAAAUAUGAGAUUGAAUGAAAGAAGAUCUUACAGAUGUUUGUCUGAUUAUCGUCAAAUGGCAAGUGAGGCCACAUGUACAAAAGAUGGUUGGAAACCUGAUCCACUGUGUGAUGACAUUAUGUGUGAAACACCAAAUAUCCCAAAUGCUCAGUUUGAAGAACCCACAAGAACUCGGUACGAAGUUUAUUCACGAAUAGUAUAUCAUUGUCCUACUGAACCCCAGCGACGCAUAGAAAUCAUCUGUAAUUACCAGGGCAGAUGGACAAACAUACAGCCCUGUAUUCCUUCUGAAAAGAAAGAAUCUUGCACUACACCAAUCCUUGAAAACGGGAAUGUACACAGAGACAGUUCGAAAAGGGAAAUGAUCUAUUAUUCAUGCAAUCCGGGUUAUAAACCAUAUUUUGGGAACUGGUGGGGAGCAGCGAUGUGUGCCAAUGGAACCUGGAUAAAUGAGCCACGAUGCAUCAGGGUGGAUGAAUGCGGUCCUUUGCCCAGCAUUCCACAUGGACAGCUGAACAUCAAACAGUCUGCUGUAGAGAUUAAAUGUGAUCCAGGGUUUAAAUCAUCACACACAGUGGUCAGAUGCAUCAGCGGUACAUGGCAGACACCAACCUGUGAAUUGGAGGAGCAGAGUUGUGUCAGCCCCCCUAAAGUAGAUAAUGCACUCAUCAUCUCUAAACCUCAGACAGUGUAUUCAUCUGGAUCCUAUGUCAAUUACAUAUGUCUAACACAUUUCACUAUGAGCGGGAAUAGUAAAGUUGAAUGCCACAAUGCAAAGUGGGAGAAAGCACCAACGUGUGAAGCUUUCUGUUCAAAGCCUCUUCAUAUAGUGAACAAUGCUAUACUGAUUGAUCAAAUCCAAGGUGAGAGGAAAUAUUCUCAUGGAGACACAGCACACUAUGAGUGUGUUGAGGAUUAUGAAUCUAAUGGACAGACCAUUGCUAAGUGUGAUGCACAAACCUGGAUUUACCCAGAAUGCAUUAAAAAAGCUCAGUGUACCAAACCAACAAAAAACUUGCAGUUUGUGACCCUGUUAGAUGAGAAAAAUACAUUCAACAACUUUGAUGUUUUUACAUAUAAGUGUAAUAAACCAUACGAUAAAAUACCAAACGGAACUUUGAUUUGUAAAGCUGGAAAAUGGGACGGCACGUUUGACUGCACAAGCAGCAUUUGCCCUCCACCACCUAUGAUUGAAGAUGGAGACUUUAACAUUAAGCAAAAGAUAAGUGAAGUUAUCACAUCAGUAUCGUACUCUUGCCAGUCUUAUUUUGUUAUGAACAAGCAAAAGCGAUAUUACAGGUGUCUGGAUGGGAUAUGGGAAACCCCUCCAAAAUGUCUGAAGCCUUGCAAAAUUACACCUGACAUUUAUAAGGAGUACAAUAUAAAACCCAUCCAUGAUGACUACAUAAGGCACAGUGCUGAAGACGUUAUACUUGAUUGUAAUGAUGGAUGGAAUGUUGGAGGUUCUUUUAGACAAUCAUUUUCGAAAGCUUGGUGUACUGAUGGGGAGCUUAGCAUUGAAGAGAAAUGUCAUAAAAAAAAUUGGUCAUAAAAAAUUGGAUGAAAUAAACCAAAGAGGAAACACUGAGACCUAAAGAUCUAUGAUGUAUUAAGAGAAAAUGAAGAUGGAGAGACACACGAACAUUCAUGACCAACGUUGCUUCAGUCUACAAGCUUAUGAAACAGUGAAAUGAUGUUUCUGAAAUUCAUGCUAUGUUCUAGCUUCAGAAUAAAGUUUUACAUUCAAACAA